AUGUUGAUUAGAAGAGCCAUCUUUAGAUUUUCAAAAGAAAAGAUAAACAAAAUUCUAGAUCACGAAGAGUAUCUGACUGAACAAAUUGACAAGAUGGCUGCUGCCUUUAAUCCUCAGAACAAUAAAAUAUUCAAUAAUUAUACAGUUUUCCAAAACAAACUAAAUGUCGAUGGAUUUUCUACGAAAUUGAAUAGAUCUGCUACUAUAUAUAUUACUGUAUGGAGUAUGGUAGGUGGACUUUCGUAUUUGUAUAUAAAUCCUUGGGUUACAUUGAUUCCCGUCUUUUUUUCAAUUUAAACAAUAUCAUCGUAUAUAAAGGGCAGAAAGUACUUGGGAAAAUUAGUUUAAUCAAUAACAUUGGAGAAGGAUUAGAGGCAAUGUUUGAUUGAAUUAGGGAACAAGAAUGUGUUGAAAGUAAAUGUUACAGACAAUGAAUUAUUGAAUAUUAGCGAUGUGAUAUCAGUUUCAAACAAUAAGAUAGAGGAAGAAGUGAAUCAAAAAUAUAGAUAAUCAAAUUAUGUUAUAUAAUUUGAGACAAAAUACGAUAAUAGACUAUACGAAGAUCUGAGAGUACUAGUGACGAAGGACAAUGCUGAAAUUCCAAAUAUAAAGUUGCUCUAGGACAUUAUUACAGGAGAAGAUGUGAGUGGAUACAUUUAUGAGGAAAUAGUCUAAAAUUAGGAAGAAGUAGUAAGAAAGGAGACUGAUGAGGAAUUGGAGAAGAGGUUGAAAGAUGAAUUGAAAAUAUGA